AGCAGCAAAGCAAAAAGGAGAAUACGUUGAAAGUUUGAUAAGGAGAGAAGAAACGAAGAUGCAGUCGGCGAAGGAAAAGAUCAGCGACAUGGCCAGUACGGCCAAGGAGAAGCUCAACAUCGGAGGUGCAAAGGCUCAGGGUCAUGCGGAGAAGACGAUGGCGAGGACCCAUAAAGAAAAGAAGUUGGCGGAAGAGCGGGAGAAGUCUAAGGAGGCACAGGCCAAAGCUGAGCUCCACGAAUCCAAGGCUGAGCAUGCGGCCGACGCUCAGGUUCACGGCCACCAUCUUCCUGGUCACUCCACCUACCCUACCCGAGCCACCGGCGCUGCUUACCCGCCGGGACAGAUCUAAACCUAGCUCUAGAUAGAUAUAUUAUAAGAUAACCGUCCGUCAUAAUAUGUAUGCUUUUUUCGAAAAUGUCUUGAAAAUGUCGUGGUUAUUUUCUAUAUCUUUUUAUUUGUUCUUCUUUUCCUGUUAUAUGAUUUUGAUGUUUAUGCAUAAAUCAUAAUGUACUGUAAUAUCGCAGAAAUAAACUUCACUUAAAUAA